AUGUCUGUUUUAUAUUUUGCGGCACUUAACGAAAAAGAAUCGCUUAAUAACCAAUAUGAUAUUCUUCGAAAAACAUAUCAAGCAUUAUCAUGCAAAUGUAAUGGAAUCGGUCCAACCGGUGGAUUCUGUUUAGAUAGAGAUAAAAUUCAUGUUGGUGGAAAUCAAGCUUGGUGUAAGAAUUUAGCGAAAGAAUUACGGCGUCUCUUUGAUAAACAAUCAGUAUAUGACUUUGGUGCUGGAUUAGGAUGGUACGGAAAAGCGUUAUUAGCUAAUGAAACUGAUGGUUAUCGUAUGACCAGCUACAAAGCAUUUGAUGGUGCAGAGAAUCUCGAUAUUAUUUUUCCAGAUAGAUUUGUUACGCAUCUCGAUUUAUCUCAACCUGCCUAUAUGGAAGCCAAGGACUGGGUACUUAGUCUAGAAGUAGGUGAACACAUUCCUGUUGCCUAUGAGAAAAUAUUUAUUGACAACCUUCAUCGACAUAACAAAAAAGGCAUCGUUCUAUCCUGGGCAGUCGAAGGUAAUUGUAUAGAUCAGAUAUAUUCAAUUGAUUAA